AUGCACCCUCUAAAUCCUUUCCUCCGUGCCUUCCUCCGAAGCACUGUCCCGGGCCAGUGUAUACCGGUUGAGAAUCAUGUCUUGCUCGUCCCCACGACAGAAUCUCUCAUCGGUUCGCGCGAACGAGAGUCCAAUCUGCUGUACUCCGAUCUCGUCGCGUCGGAGGAAUUUCUAGGGAGCCAUGUGCUCCGCAUCCCGAUUCACACCGGUUCAGCGAAUUCCAAAGAGGAGAACAAUGUUCGAGAUAAUCGAGGAAAGGCGAAGCAAGUAACAACAUUCAAUGGGAGAACUGUAAUCAUCAAGGACAACUCAGUGUACAGCAACAAAGGAUUUAAGUCCCUCACACAAGCUCAACUAUUAUCCGACGCGCUUUAUUACACCUCAUCCAACGAGUCGCGACCAUGGCUCAUCUAUUAUAUCUCUCGCCCGCUAAUUGGGACAUAUGACCCCGCCAGGAUCAUACCGGCUGUGGUCCCUGGGGUCCAAUUCAAUGUCGCCAAACCAACAAAUGCAGAUAAACAUCACGGAAAUGGCACUUCAAUCGGGACUCCGCCUAAACAAGUGAUAAAAUCGUUCGGGGAAUUGCUCGCUAAUUUCCCCAUGAUCGCUAGGCAGAUGCAGCCGGGUCUGGAAAGGUUGUUUCGUGAAUUCGGCAAGGAAUUGGGAAAGCCGUUGCCCCCGCCUCCCUCACGAUCAUCAUCUGCAUCUGGCAGUGAACGUGUCCACCACUUGUCUCGAACCGAAUCCUGCACUGAUGAAAAUUCUUCCAUCCGCAGCUGGUCUUCACGAAGCAGAGGGCGGCUCCCAUUCAAUUCCGAGGAAUACUUCGAAGAUGACGAAGACUUAAUGCGUCGAAGCUUGGAGACAGCUGUGACUGCCGCCAUUGAUCUUUUCCGUCUCGUCGAUAAGCAGCAGUUAUCUUUGCUCGGUGCUACCACAGACCUUACCGGUCCCUUGGUGGAGCGGUUAAUAGAGCGUUAUGUCGCCGAGCAAGUCCAUGAACCAUUGCUUUUCCCUCGGCUCUGCUCCUUCCGCCAACCUGAGGACACCGAAUUAGAUUCUCGGAUUCGGCAGAUGGAGAGCAUUGACGUGUCCCAAGUUGGAAUUUCUGUCGAAGGUGGCCGAGAUGGGAAGCGAGAGUUGAUUCGCCGACUUGGACGGGGUGUAGAAGAAUUUCGGAAGCUCAAUGACGCUCGAUGUCCCCACGAUAUGCUGAGUACUCUUCUCGCGACAGUCAAGGUCGUCUCAUACCCUGGAAGCUAUGAUCAAAUGGACGGCCCGGCAUCCGAGAAAGGAACAUCAUCUGUCACAAUCAACGCGGAUGUCUUAGUCUCACUGCUGCUGAUCGUUGUGAUAAGAUCUCAAAUCCGUCAUCUUCAAGCUCGGCUGUUGUACAUGCAGCACUUUAUCUACAUCGACGAUGUGGAUAGCGGCGAGAUGGGCUAUGCUCUAAGUACAUUUGAAGCUGUCUUGAUGUAUCUUGUCACCGAUUCCGCAGGACUCCGGCGUGCCAGUGUUCGUAACAGACGCAUGUGGCAAGCAACGAAAGCAGGCAGAAUAUCUGACAUGAAGGCCAUAUUGGAACCGAAUGAAGACCACGAAUCCAUAGACGACACAACUCCACCAGAACCAGAGCGGAAGUCUGUGCUAUUCCAGACAGACGACGUGGACGAGUCGGACGACUUACCGCUUGCGAAUUUCUAUCACAGUGCCACGAACGGCGAACCACACCAAGAUGCAGCUGUCGUUGAUGCCCCCCCACUGUCCCAUGUGUUCCCAUUCCAGACCUGGAAUGACACAUCACAUCAUGAGUUUUAUCGUCCAGUCAAAAAAGUCUCGAUGGAUGUUCGGAGCUUAUCGGAAUCAUCUGCUGUCUCAUUCAUUUCUAGAACCAAUACUUUGAACUCCAUGGCCAGUGGAAUCGAGGGUGACAGUUCAAUUGAGACUUUGACCAAAACGCAGGACCCUGCUGGCCAUUCAAUACCGAUGAUGGCAGUAGAGGGCCGUCAACCGGAGGCUUUGAAAUACCUACUGAGCUUGGAAGAAUUUUAUCCCUUGGAAGAGAUUCUGCAAGACACCAACGUUGAUGGGACGACUCUUUUGAACGCUGCGGUGCAGCUAGCACAUAAUGAAAUCGUCAAAAUCUUAUUGGACUUUCUAUUUGCAAAGACAGAUGCAAACGUGGUUGCAUUUUAUUUGACCAAGUCUGACGUCCACGGUCGCACUGUUGCCCAUUACCUCUUUAGCACACCGUCUCUACUGACCAGACUGGGCGUCAUUAUUCCAUGGCGACAGCGAGACAAACAUGGCCAAACGCCGCUGUUUGCACUCUGUCGAUCAUACGACCAUCCUGAAUACAAAUCCAUGGUCCAAGCCGCUUUGACUGCUGCGCAGCAUGCACAAGGUGACAAUAAACCCCUUCAGCUUGAUGAUCAUGUUGACGCCAAGGGAAACACCCUCUUGCAUAUUGUUGGCGAUCCAGAAAUUACACGUCGCAUUCUACAGGACAGUGAUUGUGACCCGAACGCGACUAACGAUAAGCGAUUCACACCCUUGAUGAUGGCCAGUAAGUACGGGCGUGUCGACCAAGUUCGUAUCCUUUUCAUGGACCCAAGGGUCGAUGUGUAUGUUAAAGAAGCUCGCGGUUUGACAGCUGUGGAAUUGGCUAAGGAUGACGAGGUGCGAAAUCGUAUCGAUGAUUUGAUCUUGCUGUCUCAUCCUCCGUCGGCCUGUGGAGAUCCGUCUGGUCGUGUCACAACAGUCGUGCGCUCGUUUUUUGUCGAGGAUGCCACAGUGCGUUUCAUCCUUAAAUCUGGUGCACCGUAUCCUCCAUCUGAGUCUGUGGCAUCACGGCCCGGAUCCACGACAUAUACUGUUACAACAUGUCGUCGGAACUUCUCCGACUUUGAGAACCUGGCCAAAUGGCUUGCAGUGGAGCAUCCGGCGUCGUACAUGCCGUCUCUUUCAGACUUCCGAAACCCAUUCCAAAUACACUCGAAACCUUCCCGAUCUGUGCUUCAUGAUCUUCAGGAAAGACUAGAUCGGUUCCUCAAGACACUUUUAACACACCCCACGUUUUCAACACACGAAAUGCUAUGGGAAUUCUUCCUUGUUCCAGAGCUCCAGCCUGAAAUGGUGGCUGAUCGAUCGCGUCGCAAGGCUGCUGUUCUUACCGAAACUAUUUCGGAUGAGUAUCCCCCAGUUUCACUCGAAGGAAUGCGCGACACGGAACAGUUUGUCACCCACGCCCAGGAAAUGGUGCGUGGAGUACACGCCAAUACGCGCAGUCUGAUACGCCGAGGACAUGCAUUGCAAAACGGAGCGUCCGACCUCGCCGAUGCGGUGAUGAUAUGCUCCUCUGUUCUGGCCACCCUCCGGGAACCAACAAACGCACUUCCGAUCUCACACAUCGAGGCAUUUUCUCGUUAUGCAAGCUACCUUUCUACCUCCCGCUCCGAUUCCUCCCCUCUCCUCCAGUAUCUUGCCGCUCUUUCUUCCAUUGAUAACACAACGGCCGCAAUCCUCAACUCCCUCUCUCGUCCGCUUUCCAUUAUGUCAUCCCUAUCUUCAACAAAUCGCCAAGUCGCUCGCUCACGAUCCUCCCUCCUAUCAUCCUCUCUCCCUCGCAAAUUCAACCUCAACCUCCCUGGCUUCGAAGAAUCUCGACAAAAGUCCGCCCGCGAUCUUGAACAAAAGAUCCGCGAUGGUGAAUCUGAAUCCAACAGCCUGGCAAAGGAGUUAUCCUGGAAUAAAGAUGUCGUUGUCGGCGAGCUCGCUGGCUGGACCUCCUGGCGGGAGAAGGUCGGCCGCGACGCCAUCCGAGCUUUUGUCAAGGAUACCCUUGUACGCGAAAAAGAGCGCGGGAAGCGCCUCGAGCGUUGCCUGCGCAGUGUACGCGAUAUGAAUGCAUGA